AUGCCCUCACACCGACAACCUCACACCGACGCCCUCACACCGACGCCCUCACACCGACACCCUCACACAGACACCCUCACACAGACACCCUCACAUCGACACCCUCACACCGACACCCCCACACCUACACCCUCACACCUAUACCCUCACACCGACACCCUCACACAGACACCCUCACAUCGACACCCUCACACCGACACCCCCACACCUACACCCUCACACCGACACCCCCACACCUACACCCUCACACAGACACCCUCACAUCGACACCCUCACACCGACACCCCCACACCGACGCCCUCACACCGAUGCCCUCACACAGACACCCUCACAUCGACACCCUCACACCGACACCCUCACACCGACACCCUCACACAGACACCCUCACAUCGACACCCUCACACCGACGCCCUCACACCGACACCCUCACACAGACACCCUCACAUCGACACCCUCACACCGACACCCCCACACCUACACCCUCACACCGACACCCCCACACCAACACCCUCACACAGACACCCUCACAUCGUCACCCUCACACCGACACCCCCACACCGACGCCCUCACACCGAUGCCCUCACACAGACACCCUCACAUCGACACCCCCACACCGACGCCCUCACACCGAUGCCCUCACACAGACACCCUCACAUCGACACCCCCACACCGACGCCCUCACACCGAUGCCCUCACACAGACACCCUCACAUCGACACCCCCACACCGACGCCCUCACACCGAUGCCCUCACACAGACACCCUCACAUCGACACCCCCACACCGACGCCCUCACACCGAUGCCCUCACACAGACACCCUCACAUCGACACCCUCACACCGACGCCCUCACACCGACACCCCCACACCUACACCCUCACACCGAUACCUUCACACCGACACACUUUUAGAUACGGCAAGCUGUCACUGUGA